GUGACAUUUGACCGGGUCGAAUACGAUCCGUCGAUAGCCAGCCUUAACGAAAGCGAAAAUUUUGAAUAUCAACAAACCGAAGAUUUCAACACAUUCAACGAUUGCCAAUAUGUCGAAAAAGAUGAUAAGCGAGCUAUUCAUUUAAAUAAUUACUACGCAUCUUAUAGCGACAGCAACAGGAGCAGUGUCGUGCCCGAGAUUGAUCCCGUCGACGUCUUCAUGAAUAAAAUUUAUGCUUUCGUGCGUCGAUUCAAGAGAAAUGUGCUAUGGCUUGGUGAAAAUUUCUUGGCAAACUCGCUGGUGCGCGGAACACCGUUUAGCACUAGCGAUGGCGUGCUCUCCGAUGUUACCGUAGAAAUCAAACCAACAAACAUGCAAAUUCCGAACGACCGACAAUCGACAACAAUUGGUCAAAUCUGGAUACAAUUACCGCUCAAGUCUCUUUCGAUAUCACAUUUAUUUAAGGCACAACGGCAAAAUCUUAUCGCAUUUUCACUGGCAUGA